AGAAUUUAUGCAUGUGUAUACUUUUUUUGGUGGUUCCAUAUCUUUUGAAGUUUCUCGACAACCUCACAAAUAUAUAUGUGAGAUUCAACCGUAAGAGACUGAAAGGCCGUACUGGAGAGGAAGACUGCCGUAUGGCACUCUCCACUCUUUAUAAUGUGCUUCUAACUUCAUGUAAGGUGAUGGCUCCCUUCACACCUUUCUUAACUGAGGUUCUUUAUCAAAAUAUGCGAAAAGUCAGUGAUGGAGCAGAGGAAAACAUCCAUUAUUGUAGAUUUCGUCAGGAAGAAGGAAAGAGGGGGGAGCGAAUUGAAGAAAGUGUGACAAGGAUGAUGAAGAUAAUUGAUCUUGCCCGCAACAAUCGUGAGCGUCACAACAAGCCUCUCAAAACACCUCUGAGGGAGAUGGUAGUUGUUCAUCCAGAUGAAGACUUUCUUGAGGACAUAGCUGGCAAAUUAAGAGAGUAUGUGCUGAAGGAGCUCAAUAUAAGGUCUCUUGUUACGUGUAAAGACACUUUGAAGUAUGCAUCUGUUUGUGCAGAGCUUGAUUUUAGCGUACUAGCUUUUGAGAAAGCUGGAGAGGUGACUAUUGCUACACACUGUUUGAAGCUGACAGACAUUAAGCCAAGAAUGAUGUUGGCAAAGAUGCGCUGA